AUGAACUGUUAUACAGUCAUGACCUUCCAUCCAACCAUGGAAGAAUUUAAAGAUUUCAACAAAUAUAUUGUGUACAUGGAAUCCCAAGGUGCACACCGUGCAGGCCUGGCCAAGGUGAUUCCACCCAAGGGGUGGAAAGCCAGGCAGACCUAUGAUGAUAUCAGUGACAUGUUAAUAGCAUAUCCCCUCCAGCAGGUGGUCUCUGGGAGGGCAGGUGUGUUUACCCAAUACCAUAAAAAGAAGAAAGCCAUGACAGUGGGGGAGUAUUGCCAACUGGCAAACAGCCCAAAAUAUCGGGCUCCCCUGCACUCUGAUUUUGAGGAUUUGGAGCGAACAUAUUGGAAGACUCGCCUCUUUGAUUCUCCGAUUUAUGGCGCUGACAUCAGUGGCUCCCUGUAUGAUGAAAACACUCAAGAGUGGAAUCUUGGCCACCUGGGAACCAUCCAGGACCUGCUGAGGCAGGAGGACGGUGUGGUCAUCGAGGGCGUCAACACGCCCUACCUGUACUUUGGCAUGUGGAAGACCACCUUCGCCUGGCACACGGAGGACAUGGACCUUUACAGCAUCAACUACUUGCACUUUGGGGAGCCCAAAACCUGGUACGUGGUGCCCCCAGAGCAUGGCCAGCGCCUGGAGCGCCUGGCCACCGAGCUGUUCCCAGGCAGUGCCCGUGCCUGUGACGCCUUCCUGCGGCACAAGGUGGCUCUCAUCUCGCCCACUGUGCUCAAGGACAAUGGGAUCCCCUUCAGUCGCAUCACUCAGGAGGCUGGCGAGUUCAUGGUGACGUUUCCUUACGGCUACCACUCUGGCUUCAACCACGGCUUCAACUGUGCAGAAGCCAUCAACUUUGCCACCCCGAGGUGGGUCGAUUAUGGCAAAGUGGCGUCUCAGUGCAGCUGCGGGGAGGCCAGGGUCACCUUCUCCAUGGAUGUCUUCGUGCGCAUCCUGCAGCCUGAGCGUUAUGAGCUGUGGAAGCGGGGACAGGACCGGGCUGCUGUGGACCACAGGAAGCCCACCUGGCCAGUAAAGGGGGAGCUCAGCACCUGGAGGGAGGUCCUAGCCCCCCGGAGAGCCAAGCUGGGCCUGAGGCACCUCCCACCCCGCCGGGCGGCUCGCACACAUCGGCCUGUGGCCGCCAGCAGUAGGUCUUGCAGUCACACACCAACGUGCCCCGUGUGCCCACGCUCCUUGCCGGCCCAGAGUUCUUCCUCUGAUGCUCAGUCUGGGCUUGUCUCGGCCUGCACAUCCCUGGAUCCUGGCCCCACCCGACCACCAACCCUGAUUUCCUCAGGAUCAAGGGCUCAGGGGCCCAGCACCCAGGCCCUGGCCAAGAAGCACCUCUUGGUGGGAACAAAGCAAAGUUCCCAGUACCCUGACAGUCAGCCGGGUCCUGUGGAUGAACCCUCAUAG